GAAGCCCGCAGCCUGUGCCAGGCUGGGCACAACAAAAGCCGGGGUUCUGGGGAGGGCUGGGCGGCGCGGCGCGGGAGGAGGGCUGCUGGGAGCGCCCGGCCUGCACUGGCCGCCAGCCACCGAGAGGAGGAGCAGAGGAUCCUCGGAGCGCAAUAAAACGGCGGCUCGGCCCGAGCCCGCAGCAAACACAGCCAUAGAAGGCAGCGGAGGAGCCGAGCCGGGCUGCGCUCGCCCGCCGCCCCCCAGCCUCUUUCUUCUCCGCCGGGUGCACUGUUCUGCGCCGUCCCUUCGCCGCUUCGCCCCUUGACAAAGAGGACAGAAAGUUUGCGCGGGGGAGCGGGCCAGGUGAGGAGGGGCGUGCCCGGCGCCCCAGCCCGCGCCCCAGCAGCCGGACCCAGGCCCCCAGUGCGCCCGCCAUGGGCGCCGCGGCCCGCAGCCUCCGGCUGGCGCUCGGCCUCCUGCUGCUGGCCACGCUGCUGCGCCCGGCCGACGCCUGCAGCUGCUCCCCGGUCCACCCGCAACAGGCGUUUUGUAAUGCAGACGUAGUGAUCAGGGCCAAAGCAGUGAGUGAGAAGGAAGUGGAUUCUGGGAAUGACAUCUACGGCAACCCCAUCAAGAGGAUCCAGUACGAGAUCAAGCAAAUAAAGAUGUUCAAAGGACCUGACAAAGACAUCGAGUUUAUCUACACGGCCCCCUCCUCAGCAGUGUGCGGGGUCUCGCUGGACGUUGGAGGAAAGAAGGAAUAUCUAAUUGCAGGAAAGGCAGAAGGAGAUGGCAAGAUGUACAUUACCCUCUGUGACUUUAUUGUGCCCUGGGACACACUUAGCAUCACCCAGAAGAAGAGCCUGAACCACAGGUACCAGAUGGGCUGCGAGUGCAAGAUCACACGCUGCCCUAUGAUCCCAUGCUACAUCUCCUCCCCGGAUGAGUGCCUCUGGAUGGACUGGGUCACAGAGAAGAGCAUCAAUGGGCACCAGGCCAAGUUCUUUGCCUGCAUCAAAAGAAGUGAUGGUUCUUGCGCGUGGUACCGCGGGGCGGCACCCCCCAAGCAGGAGUUUCUUGACAUCGAGGACCCCUAAGCAGGCUGACAGAGCCCCUGUGGCCAAUUGAAAAGCCUCUGAGGGUUUAGACUGGUCCAGCUUUGACAUCCCUUCCUGGAAACAGCAUGAAUAAAACAUCAAUCAUCCAAGUGGGUUCACGCUAGUGUGAUUCUGCACCCCCCCCCAUUUUCCCUAAACAUGGUAGUGGGUCUGGAGGGACAGGCGGGCCAGGGUCCCUGCCAUACCCCCUCCCUCUGCCGGCCUGAGCACUGUGUGUCUCAGUCUUUGAUCCUUGGUACGGGCAGGAGUGGAGCACAGAUUUUUUACCAGGCCCCUCUGGCACUGUCACAUGCAGCAGACAGCAUUAAGGGUCCCCUAGCGCUGUUAGGGCAGAGCCUGGGAAUGUGCAUUUUGCAGAAACUCUUGAAGGUUGUUGUAAGACUGUGUAGCCGGCCUACCAGGUCCUUUUCAUCCUGAGAGGGAUAUGUCCCUCAUUUUCUGCAGUGGCCACCCCUCUCUCUGGCCCUUGCAAUUGCUCCGCAUCUCUCCUGCACCUGGAAUGGACUUCCAGCACCUGGGUCUCCCUCAGGUUUAAGAAUAGCCCUCCAUCCAGUGGUUCAUUUGUGUAGGAGUCUCAGUCAGACCCACAAACCCACAGACUUCGGUGAAUGGAAGCCCUCCCUGAGCCAAGUCAUUUCUUCCUCUCCCCCAUCUCUACACACACCCUCAGUGGGGAUCUGUGAGGUCUCAUGCUGGGGGCAGGAAUCUGUGGUGAGGGGUGCUUGGCCGUCCCUGUAGCCACUCUCAAGCUAUUCUUAACCCCUUUCCAAGCUUCAGGCAUCCAGGUUGAGCAGCACAGCUCGGCUCUGUCGCAUCAGGCCCUGACGCUGUUGGCGUGCUACCAGCACUCCUUCUUUUGCACAAACUAAAGAUGUAAAAGGCCAGUCCUGAGCCCCUAGAAAAAUUCUAGUGAACUCUCCCUGCUAGAGCGGCAGUCAUUACAUCAUUACAAUGUAUGGGUUUCUGUAAACAUCACUAACCAAGCACACAGCAGGGGAGACUCUGAGGCUCUUCUAACCAAGCCCCCAAGGAUGCUGUGGCUUGUUUUCCAAGUCAUCCCAUUUUCCUAAAGGAGAAUUCUCAUGCAUGGCUGACGGGCAUGUGUAUAUGGCUCUGCUUCUGUCUCUUAAUGUCAUUAAGGCCCCUAUAGGGAACUGGGGCAUCUACUUGCUCCCUAAAACAAUUUUUUUUCCAGAUGCCAAUAGAAUGGGGGUUAAGACAGGCAGAAGUUUAUCACUAACAAUAUAGACUCUUCCUUCUGCCCGUGUCUUAAAAAAAUAAGUUGUCCCAAGGACACAAAUGUAUACUAUCCAAACAUGCACGCGUAUGCCCACACACAAACAGAGACUCUGAAGUCUGACAACCUGUGAAUGGUCUUUUUGUAAAAUGCUUCCAAAAGCCUCUUUGCUCCAACCCUGUCCUAACCAUCAGAAACCCCAAAGAAACUGUUAAGGGCCCCCAUCAGACUCUCCCUACCCAUGCCCCCACACCAGGACCUGGCUAUCCCUUUUAAGACAGACUGGGAGGACACCCAGGAGUCAGCCUGCGGGCGUUUUCAUGUUGUGCAGUGAUGCUGUCCUGGACCAGCCCACGAGACCCUGCAGUCUAUCCCACCCUGCCUGUUUGCUUCCUGUGCGUUGGUAUCAUAUGUAACAGUGCCCGUUUCUGCUGACUUCUUGACGUGUUCUGGUUUGUUUCUGAUGUUCGCCAUGAGCGUUCUUGUGCUGUGUUGAUGCCUUUCGUAGCAUUAGACUUUGCACUUUUAAAAAAAAACAAAAAUGUUGAAGCAUCGAGGAAGCAUUGGACCCAGAGUGGAAAGCAUGGUAUGGUAGCUGGCCUGGGACCGAGGGACCCUUUCUAAUCUUUCUUGAGUUCUUUGGAUAUCUGCUUUUCCAGCCUCCUGUCUUUUGUGUCCAGUUCAAAUUGUUAUGAAGGAGAGAAUCUCUGAGUAUAUUGAUUCUAAAAGACGGCCUUUCUAUUUUCCACUCAUGCUGGGCUUUCUAGCCAUACCAGGCAGAUGAGAGGAAAUCGAGCGACCAAACAAACCUUUGGGACAAAGUGCCAGAUGUCAGCUGAGCAACAGCCACUCAGAUGCCUUCGUGCGCAGCAAACCAAUUUCAGUAUAUAGUUUAAGGUGGUGUCUCACUUCUGUUAUAUUCUAAGCCCUGGGCUCCCCUCCCUCCUCCCAUCACGCCAGCAACUCCAACUAUUUCAGAUGACGUUUACAAGGUAUAGUUAUUUCCAAACCGCUGCUUGAUGCGUAUUAAGACAUAUCUGUGGGCUUGCUGCAUAAUUUAAAGCUUUGUUGAUUUUGUUUCUGUUUGAACUCUUGGUGACUGGGGGGAGGGGUGGAACACCGUGUUCGUGUUGGGAUGUGAAGUCUGAGAUGUACCCCCACCCCUCGCUGGUGAAUACAUGAGAGUUGUUGGAAGUCAACAAGCUGAGCGCACCUGAUGCCCUGUAUCAGUCUUUACGUUUAUUUUUAUGAGUUUGCUCUGUCAGUGGACAAUAAACCAUAUUAUCAAAGAGAA